AUGGUGGAAUCCCAGAAGGAAGAUUCUUCAUCUGUCAACUCAAAACAGAAAAAGUCAUUGCUAGUUAAAGAUAGAGGCCAUGAAGACCAGACUUCAUUGAUGGGUUGCCAAACUUUUGCAGUGCAGCUUUCUUCUCAAAGCAUUUGGUUUGAAAGCUAUUUGGACUUUGGGAAGGAUGACUUUCUGACUUCCUGGAAGUCAACGUCUAUAACUGAAGAUGAUUCUAUGAAUUUGGAUUUUGGGCCUGUUUCAAAAGGCAAGAAGAAUGCAUUCAACUUUGGGAAAAUGGAUGUGGAUUUCAAUCUUGAUGUCGAUUUUGGAAAACUCCCAUCCUUCAACUUAGACAUUCCAGACAUUGAUAUUUCUUCACCGGUUAAAAAGGAUGGCAAAUCCAAGGGAAGAUCCAAUGAGGAGUCUGCAAGUGGAAAUAGUCAAGGAAAAGCAGAUCGCUCUGAAUUUACAUUUGAUUUUGGCGAAUUGGAUGGUUUCAAUUUCAAGCCAAGCUCAAAGAAAGAUGAUCCAAAAGUCAAUAAAGGUGAAAAUGAGGAAGAUUCUUUGAACAGAAGAGAUUCUCAGAAAUCUGGGGACUGCCUGGCUGAAGAUCUCGAUGCACAUGCAGAUAGAAAAUUCAGCAAUCUGCCGGCAUCAGGGGAUUUGAUUACUUCGAACCUUGACUCUGAAGUUGGUAGUGGUGCCAGUCCUGAUACGUUGAAUGAGAAUUUCCUUUCUGAGUCUGGAACCCAUGAUGAUGGUUUUCCAAACUCCAAGGCUGCAAUAGAUGAAGUUGCAUCUCCUGAAGAAAUGGCCACACUUAAGAAGACAACAUCCACCAGUGAGAAAGCAUCAAACUGCCAACUAGACAAGUCAGCUUCUCCAAUUACUGAUCAAACCAUACAGCACAAAGCAGUUGAUACAGUACUCAGAAGUGAGUCAGGUCAAGAUACUCUCUUGAAAACACAAGAGGAAGUUAGUCCCAGGGAUGCAAGCCAUAUUGCUAGCUUUGAGAAAGACAAUGGGGAGAGCGAAGUUUGUACUAAUAAUCAUGCUCAUAUUGCCAAUAAAGAGGGAGCUGAGCCUGCUCUGGGUGGAACUUAUGUCGAACCAAUUUUAUCAACUGAUGCCUCAAAAGACUCUAUUACUCAUAGUCAAAUGAAUGUGAAGAACAAGGACAGCUUGGAGCGUUCUACAAGUUCAUUAGAGAGUAGAGCUACAAAUAAUAAUAUGAUGCCAGAGAAAGAAAGGGAGGCGGUUAUUAGGUCAAAAUAUUUUAAGCAACGAGACAAUGCUGAUUCUCGGUUUGAGAAUGCUUCACAUCAGACAAAGCUUUCGUCAGUGCAUGGGAGAUUAAUUGGCACCGGAGAACCAUGUCCUCCGGAUGAAAGGAAUUGCAACUCCAUAGAGUCUAAAAUUGAUAACAUGGUAGCUGGUGUUUCCCCGUCAAGUUCUGAAGUACUGACCAGGAAGGAACAUUCUCAUAUAGGAAGUCAGGAGAACUCUAAAUGUCUUAACACAAAUAGCUUACGUGUUAAACCUUCGAGUGGAAUGACAAAGAAACCAGAAUCACAAAAUUCUGCAAACCCAGCAAGUUUGGCCGUGAAUUUGGAAACUAGUCAGAUUAGGAAAGACGCAGCUGCGGAAGGAGAUAAAGUCUCUUCUUCUAAAGCUAUUAAGCAGAUGCCUGCUCUUUCUACCCUGACAAUUAAAUCCACAUCUCAGAGUCCUGCAAAAGCAGCAAGUUUGCCCAUGAAUGUGGAAGCUAGUCAUUCUACGAAAGGCAUAGCCACUGAAGGAGACAAAGUCUCCUCUUCUAAUGCUAUAAAGCUGAUGGCUACUAGUUCUGGCCUCACAAUUUUAAGAACUUCUGGAGCAAACCUGGGUUCAUCGAAGUCUGCAGCCCAGAAAGGAAUUGCAGUUUCAGGAGAUAUGCGGCAAAAUAGAUUUUUAGCUGGAAGCACACCAUCCAAGACUCCCAAAGUUGUUGAAAUGAAGAACCAAGCACCAGCCAUCCCCUCUCUUAAGCGAAAAAUAGCUGAGGCUUCUAGUGCAGAUGUGAUCUUAAAUCCAUCAAAGCGUCUCUCAGCAUCACCUAGCAAUGAAAAUUCGGCAGAAAUAGGAAAGCUUGUUGAUGGAGAGGUACGUGGAAAUGGGAAUGUUUCGGAUGGGAAGAGCAUGACUGUGUACAAAAAUCCACAAACUUCCAGAGUAGAUGUGCCUGGGGACAUGAGUGGACUAGAUGCUACCUUCUCUGUAGAAAGUGACAUCAACAUUGAAAAGGCGGAUGCUUGUGCUAAAGGGCUUGAAGAUAUCUGCAACAUGCUAAGAAAGAAACAUGAGGAAGCAAAGGAAAUUUUAGUCCGAGCAAUUGUGACCAACAACAACCUUCUUAUGCUAAACCAUCCUAUCUAUGAACAGAAAAUAUCCUUUCAUCUCUGCUCUAAAGCAGCAAUUGUCAUCUCUAGGUAUUAUCUUCUCUCUUAUCUUUCUGCCUCACAGACACAUGGAUGCCCAUCGAAUGAGCUGGUCAUACUCAACCAGGAGUUAAGAGGCACAUGGUCAGCAAUAACUGCUGUCCAAUGUCAUGUCCAUAAUUUGCAAACAAGUCUGUCAUUGUGCUCCCCAAAUUCUGGGAAAUUGAAUGAAUUCAAUAUGUUGAAUGCCAAAAAUGUGAAGCAUGGAGUUUUGCCGCUGAUCUCUGCAUAUUGCCAUGUUCUUUCAUCAGAAACUGCACAUGCUCGGCCUUUGAAGCAAAUUAGUAUUGCUAGAAUAGCAUUGGAGGCACAAUUUGCAGCUGUGAAGAUAAGUGGAAACAACAAUGACUGGCCUGACAGAGUGGCUCCAGCAGGACCUGAUCCACAUCAUCAUUUUGACAAUCAUAAUUGA